AUGAUGGAGUACAAGGGAUACGUCGCCGAAACCGAGUAUGACGAUAUAGCGAAAGUCUAUUGUGGUAGCGUGAUCAACACUGCCCCUUGCCCUAUUGCCACUUUCCAUGCCGACCACCCGGACGACCUGUUCAGCGAGUUCCAGAUAUCAGUGGACGAGUACCUGGCAUGGUGCGCGGAAGAUGGUGUAGUACCGGUCAAGCCCAUGUCCGCCACAACUUAG